UUCGACCCUUUUUUUUGGUACCGACAUAAUGUCUGACUACGGAGACGGCGCUGAGGAGACUUACGACUACGAGCCCGGUCAGGAUUUCGACGAUGCUGAACCCGAAGAUUUCCUAAACCCCGAAGACAUUGAGGCCACCGAAGGUGCCGAAGCCUAUGGCGAUGACUAUGCGCCUGCUACCAACGGAGACCGUGUCGUAGUCUCCGGCGACCCCAAUGGCGGACACGCUGGAAAGGUCAUGGAACAGGUUCGGGAGAAGAAGGUGCCGAAUGACCAGCGCACGACAACUCCAUACAUGACCAAAUAUGAGAGAGCGAGAGUGCUGGGUACCAGGGCCUUGCAGAUUAGCAUGAACGCCCCAGUGCUGGUUGAUCUCGAGGGCGAGACCGACCCUCUGCAGAUUUCCAUCAAGGAAUUGAAUCAAAAGAAGAUUCCUUUGAUUGUGAGAAGAUAUUUGCCGGAUGGAUGGUACGAAGACUGGACAUGCGAAGAAUUGCUUUAGAAAAAAAAA